UCGCACUAAAUAGCAAAUUUCUCUAUCCUUCUGCCAAUGUAUAAUUUAACCAAAUUUUAUCUGUAAUUUUAUAAAAAUGUAAACAUUGUGAGGACAUACAGAUACCAUCAUUAGCUACUAGGCAAUACAACGAAAAAAUUAAAAACUGGCAACGUGUUUCAAUGAAUCAAUACAUUCAAUAUUUCAGCCCAUCGCAGCCCUUUCUAAUUAAUUAUACAUAACUUAUGAGAGUUGCUGAUGACUAUCAAUAAUCAUUAAAAUAUGAAAUAUUCAUUACACUUUUGACGUAGUGUUGAACACAACAGUGGGUGUGAUCAAGUUUUAAAAUCAUCCUCCAUUUACCCAGUUUAAAUCCUGUAUCAAUAAUUAGUCCUCAUCUGACAAUUACCAGCAUUCUCAAAUUUUCUGCCCAAAAGAGUUUCACGAUCGAUUUGCAGACAUAUCGCAAAAUUUCCUGCCAACAUAUUUUAUGCAUCAUGUAUCAUAGAUCCCGAAAAUUAGGACUGCACGUAUUCAUAAUACUGAGUUCAGAGCUGUUUCUUGCCCAUAUUAAUAUUUCAUAUUUACUUUAAAGUGGAAUUUUCACUGACAAGGGAACAAAGCUUUUAAUCAAGCUGCUAAUUACUGCUUAUAGGUUGGGUUGUUGAACUCAAAUGGAUACCUUGUUUAUGAUAUAUAGACUUAUUUGAAUAGAGCACACUAAACAAUAAUAAACUGACAUGUGUAUAUAGAAGAAGUGUUUAAAUUUUUCCUCUGUUUCUUUAAAUUAGAAGUUUUUUUCAAGAGAAACACUACCAUGAUACACACACUGUUCUUCUUCAACUAGUCCAAAAGCUGUAUAACAGCAAUUUCGAAAGGAAAUGAAACUGAUAAUAGUUCAAAAUAUAUGAGGAUAUAUGCAUUUUACAGGGUUGUCUCUAAGACCCGGGAGGCGGUGAAUUCCCACGCCUAUAAUGCCUUAAUUACCUGGCUAUUAUUGCAUUUCAACACAAUGUAGCUAUAAGCAGGACACCCAGACCCCCUCCUACUUUUUGAUUUCUUCUAUCCAUUUCAAUUCUUAGAGACAACCCUGAUUUUACAUUUCUAAAAUGCAUAUAUACAGCAAAUACUAAAAUUUCAACAGUCUCUUACACAAUACAGUAAAACAGGCUUAUAAUGAAGUGCCAGGGACUGGCAAUUUUGCUUCAUUAUAAGCUUAAUUCGUUAUAUCAGUCCAUUUCACAACAGGUAAUAAAGUCAUGGGGAAUGACACAACCUUCCCUGUAAGCGUCAAUUCAUUAUAAGCAUGUUCGCUAUAACCAGCUUUUACUGUACAUUCCUAUUCAUUUCCAUCUUUUCCUCAUACCUUCAUCAAUUUGACCAAUCCUUAUGAAAUUUGAGCUAUAAUGAGACAUGACCUGAGAUUUCAUUCAGUUAGCACUAUGAAAUUCCCUUAAGGAAGGCUUAAAAACACUGCUACAAAAUUUAUCUUUCAACAUGAAGCUGUCUAACACUGACCUUUAGUCUUUGACCUCACAAUGCAUAGGUUUCAAAGUUAAAAUUAAUUAAGGUACAAAAUGUUUGAAGGUGCAAUCCAUCAUGAGAAAUGUUAAAAUAACUGCACUACAUAAAGAUGAUGACAAUAUCAAAAGCUAAUACAACAAAGAAGUUUAUUUCAUUAGAAUCAGUUUUUAUUAAUAUUUUUCAAUCAUUUUGUACAUCAUUUUAAGAGAGUUUGUGGAGACUGUCUUUUCUGAUACCAUUUGGGCCAUGUUUCUAACUUUGAUGUCAUUUGAUUUUUAACAAUUUGCUCAUGCACCAACAAAAUUCACGAAAAAUUGAUGCUAUAACUUAACGAUGAAUCCGAAGUAGAUGGACCUGUAAACGAACUUGUUUACCUUACACUUUUUCCAUUUAUAAAUCAUUAUAAACUAUUAGAUAGAUAAAUGUUGAAAGUUUACUUAAUCCUUCAUCACAGGAGGAGACUAUAUAUAUAUAUAUGAAACCACUUGUUCAGUGGGAGACAACUGAUUUCAGCUUUUUAUGUGUGUGCAAUGCUAUCUAGAACACCCCCUAAAACUGAAGGGUAAUGUAAAUAAACUUUUAUACCAACCUCACAAAAACCUUAUGCUAGUACAGUAUAAAGCAACAAUGGCACUGUUUACAAGAAGUGGCAGCAGCAGAAAACCUCCCCCAGAAGCUUUCCAUAUAAAAGACAAAAGCAAUGACUAUUUACACGGGUAUUUUUAGCAUCACCUCACAAUAAAAAACACCAAUAAAUCAGCAAUCAGGUAAUUGAGGAGCUAAUCUCCGGAGGUGCUUUUUUUUUGCUGUAGGAUUAUUUCCAUAAAAAUUGAUGCAUCAUGUUUAAGUUAUGUCCAUACUAAUAUGUGUCGGAAAGUAACUUCCUAAAUCACGUACUUAUCAUCAAGGGUAAACAUAAUGCGGCAUAAUGACCACUUACUAAUGUACUUAUAUUCACGUACUGCUUCACUUGUAAGUCAAGGAUCUAAAAUUUAAAUUAAGUGCAUGACACACCAAUGGAACAUGUACAUGUGUACAGAAGCUAAAUUAAACAUACCGAGAAAAAGUCACUAACAUGAAUAGAAAGGUAAAUUGAUAUUAUUAAGUUUUUUAUUUUUUAGUUCAAGUAAGAUUAAUAGUCUAUAAAAUUAUAAAAACUCGUGGAAAUGUUUGUACUAAUCAGUUUUUGGGUGGGAUUGCUUACUUUUCUUGGUCUGUUGCAGUACAUUUUGCUGUGGAUUAGUAAAAUGUAAGGUGUGUUAAUUAUGGAAAGAUGGGUGUUAGAAUUGCAGUGGCAGUCACAGUCACAGUGUGACGUGCACCCAUUUAUUACACAUUUAAAAUUAGCAACCUGUGAAAUAUAUCUGAAUACCAUAGUACUCACCAAUCGAUCUAUUGGAAUAUUAAUUAAGGCCAGGUCAUUCAAGUGAAACGAACAAUAAAAACUAUGUCCUCAAUUUUUUGCCUUGCAAACUUAAGUAAUGGCAAUACUAAUUGAAAUUGAGGGAUUUAUGCCUAUAGUCCUUAUACAAUACAAUAACUCUGAGAAAUGGUCAGGAGUCAAUGCCCUGGAAUCAGUAGACAAAUUGUGACAGAUACGUAUCUAAUAAUUCACCAGUAGUCCCCGAGCCUGCUGGGGAUACUUGUGUACAGAAAUGUGUCAAAAGCACCAGACAGUUUGUGAGAUAUGACACUAACCCCAAUAAUGAUUUCAAAUCAAGAAAACGGUAUGAAGUAGAUGGCAAGACUUCUGCCCAAGCUCAACACAGAGUUAGCAGAUAAUAAAUACUCUUGGGGCAGCUUAACUUUGUCAGUUCUUGACUCUAUACCAACAAAUGCUAUUGAUUUUCACACUGGCUCAACAAUUCUUGGCUAUUUAGCUUUUUUUCUGAUGUGACCCUAAUAAAGCAUAUGGUUCAUCAUUGCUUUUACACUAAAAGAUAAAAUGUCAAUCAAACAUCUAAUCCUGUAUACUCCUUGCUAUUGUUUGGCACUUAGAGCAUGGAGAUAUGUUAAGAAUAUAUACAUGUUAAAGCAUUAAUUCACAUAAACAUUGAUGCUGAACCCAUAAGCCAUGAAAUAAACUUCACAAAGAUCAUUUUUGAGCCGUACAGAAUAUUCACUACUUUUGGAUUUUGUUUGCUAAUUAAUGGGUUUUAAUGAAUUUUUAUUUGAAAACCAUCUGGCUUUAACUUUGUCAAUUGUUAUGCAAGCAAUCGUUGAAUAACAACAAAAGGUGUCCCACUGAAUGCAACAAAUGGAUGGCUCAAUCUAAACAUCUCUAGCAAAGUUUUCCAGGAAUGAAAAUGUGUUCAAGACAAACAUUCACACAUUGUACCAAUGAUCUCCUAGCAAUUAAUGUGUUGACCAUUCAUAAACCAAGUCCAAUACUGUAUAUUCACCUGUGACAGCCCUCCCCAGGUAAAUAGGCCCCUCGACAAUCCAUUGAUCAACUUCAGCAACAUUAGAUCAUACACACCUAUAUCCAUCUAUAUCGGUCAUAUUUGUUAUGAUAACAUCUCUGUCAACAUGCGCCCAUCAUCUCUUGAUGAUCAAUUCUUUCCCUCUGAUGAAAAAAAACUGUAUAGUAUCCUGAUAAAAAUAUCAAGUUUGUAAGGGGAUUUAGUGAAAAUUUUGCAAUUUGCACUGUUUUCCAAAUAAAAGAUGAAAGACGUGCUCUCUAAGUGGAUAAAUUUACUGAGAUGUGACCCAACAACAAGAUCUUUGUGACACUUCGUGUUAGCUUUCAAUAUCUGAUUCCCAAGAGAUCAACACUACUGCAAUAUUCAUAUAGUCUUUGCCUGAAGUUUCUAUACUGAAGCAUUUAUCACUGAAUAAAUGUAAAAAAAAAAAAAAAAAUUAAAGUAAAAAAAAAUUGUCUUUCCGAUCCAAUGGAGCAGUAGUCUCAAUAGAGAAAUGGCGACUAAAUAGACACAAGUGUUUGGCAGUCAGUCUGCCAAGAGAAGUGUCGUGCUUUUAAGACACAAGCUGUGGCUUCUCUGCAAAUAUGUGAUAGCUUGGUGACUUAUAUUACAGCAUAAAUAUUGAAAGGAACAUUUUUUCUCAUGACAAGGCAUUCUCCAUUUGGGUUUUUUGGUCAUUAAAACUGCCUUCCUUUCUUUGCAAUUAUGGGAUGUGCUUCUCGUUGAUGUUGCUUUUGUGACUCGUAUUGUUGUAUUCUCUGGGAAUAUCAACCGAAUCAAAUGAUGUUUAGAUACGCAAGCGCAAGAGAGCCUAAGGAUAUUGAUCAAGUUGAAUCUCAGAGGUUAGAAAGAAUCCAGGCUGCAAAACGUAUCCGAAGAAGCAAAUCUCAACCGAACACAGGUCGCUCAAGUUCCGUGUCUGACUCUUCAAAGACGGGGAAUGGGGAUUCCACCAAAUCAACAUGUCUUCCCAACAUUUUCAAAAUGAACCCCAAAUCCUCUGACAAGCAACAAAACUACACAGAGAUCACAAGCAGCAACCCCAACGCCAACAAGACGGGCAAAAGAAGCUCAAUUGAGCCUCCCUCCUACCAAGAAGUCCAGAAUCAACAUAGUCCCACGGACAUCACUGUCAACAUUAUUCCAGCGGAACCCGAGGAAACUGAUUUAGAUGGAAAAGCCUGUGACAACGAUGAAGAGUGCACAGAUGCAGAAUGUCAUGUGCCACUGUUACAUCACUGUCAGGGAAAUUCACCUGGGUCUUUUCCAAAACAGUUUGAUGAUCCUGACCAUUGCAUGAGUCCACAAAACAAAGGAAACGACUUUGAGUGCAGUGAACGAGUGGUUAUCAAUGUCAGUGGUCUCCGCUUCGAAACUCAGCUGAAGACUUUAAACCAGUUUCCAGACACUUUGCUGGGGAAUCCCCAGAAGAGAAAUCGAUUUUAUGACCCGUUACGAAAUGAAUAUUUCUUUGACAGGAACAGACCUAGUUUCGAUGCUAUUUUAUACUAUUAUCAAAGUGGAGGGAGGUUACGACGUCCAGUCAAUGUUCCUUUGGAUGUGUUUUCGGAGGAAAUAAAAUUCUAUGAUUUAGGAGAAGAAGCAAUAGAAAAAUACCGAGAAGAUGAAGGAUUUAUCAAAGAAGAAGAAAAACCCCUUCCAGAAAAUGAAUUCCAAAGAAGAGUUUGGUUACUCUUUGAAUAUCCUGAAAGUUCAACUGCAGCUCGACUUAUAGCAAUUUUCUCAGUAGUAGUAAUUUUGUUGUCAAUUGUUAUAUUUUGUUUAGAGACAUUGCCAGAAUUCAAACAUUACAGACUAGUGAAUGAUACAAACACAAAAGGAAAUACCUCAGCUGGAUCUAUUGAAGAAGAUGAUAUUCCAAAGUUCAAUGAGCCGUUUUUUGUUAUUGAAACUUGUUGUAUCAUUUGGUUUACAUCAGAACUCUUAGUGCGCUAUGCCUCUUGUCCUCACAAGUUUCAUUUUUUCAAAAACAUGAUGAACCUUAUUGACAUAGUGGCAAUCAUUCCAUAUUUUAUUACCCUUGGCACAGUCAUUGCAGAUGAAAACAAAAGUAACAACCAGGCAAUGUCAUUGGCUAUUCUUAGGGUCAUCCGAUUGGUGCGAGUGUUUCGAAUCUUCAAAUUAUCCAGACAUUCGAAAGGUCUGCAGAUUCUUGGUCAAACUCUAAAAGCCAGUAUGCGAGAGUUGGGACUGUUGAUAUUUUUCCUCAUUAUUGGAGUUAUUCUUUUCUCCAGUGCUGUGUACUUUGCAGAGCAAGAUGCAGAACAGACUCAUUUCCGAAGUAUCCCAGAUGCAUUUUGGUGGGCAGUUGUUACAAUGACAACUGUUGGUUAUGGUGACAUGCGGCCAAUUGGAUUUUGGGGAAAAUUGGUUGGAUCUCUCUGUGCCAUUGCUGGGGUGUUAACAAUUGCAUUGCCUGUGCCUGUCAUCGUCUCCAAUUUCAACUAUUUCUAUCACAGAGAAACAGAGAAUGAGGAUCGAACAUCAUACCAACAUGUUCAGUCAUGUCCAAAUUUCUCGGACAGCAAGAAGAAUUCAAUAGCAUCAUAUAGUGGAUCAGACAACAUUAUGGAAAUGGAGGAAGGGAGUAGCUUUAACCUGAAUUGUGACAGAAGCAAAGAAAACCAUACGAACCAGACGAACAAUCCAUCUAGCAUAAAUAAUCUUAGUAUUGAAACAGAUGUAUGACACAAAUUCUCUGAACAGUCCCAGAUAUAUCAAAAAUGUCUUUUGUUUCCCGCACACAAAGUAGAACAAUUCAACCCAGUGUUAGAGACAUUAAUCAACGAUCAGUAUUUUAUAUCAUAGAUUCAUUUGUUUGUUUCAAGUUCAACCCAUGCACAAGACUUUGGAUUUUAACCACAGCUUUUCCAGUUUUUCAAUCGUUUGGAGUUUUGUAAACCUUCUACAAUGGCCAUAAUCUGUGACCAAAUGCUUUUGAUAUGUAAACUGUUUUUCCUGUGUUUCAAAAGUUAUUGAUUUCCAGUGUGAGAUUUCGAAAGAGAAAAUAUGUGUCGUUACUUCUUGAAGGAUAUUACCAUUUUUCAACAUAAUUGCAUCAGGUAUGAAUUGAAUGUACUGGAUUCCAUUUGGCAAAUAUACAAAGCAUCCAAAUACAAUUAACUGUAAAAGCUAAAUGUAAAGUUUUUAAUUGCUCAAAUGUUUUGAAGACCAUGUGCUUUUUGGGAAACACAUCAAUGGUUAUGGAAAUUAGUCUUCAUUGAGCAUCUUAUCAGGUCCUCUAAUAAAAGACAUCUUCAAGGAAGAUAGCCAUCCAUGACCAGCCCUGGAUGUGUACUGGGUGUCCAUCCUAGUUACCAGGCAGGCCGUUUACAGAGGAGAGAUCCAGACCAGAGGAUUUAGGCAAUAACCUCUCCAAAUCAUGUCGAAGACAUAGAAGUAAGGGAGGGAACUUCCAUGUAGUGACUGAACAUAUGGACCGCUGCUCUUCAGAGAGAGUUUACUUGGUGCACUGAAUAAACUGGAGAAAUCAAAACAGAUGAAAUUCAAGCAGAUGAACUAGAGUUCCUGAUUUACGGUCAUAAGAAUAAAAAACUAUACAUCACACCAUCAUGCUGAAAUCUCAACAACAAAAAGUUGGAGUGGGAGGGGGGUGGGUGGGUUGGGGUUAACUUAUAUUCUUUUCAACCUCAGUGCUGAAGAAUUAUGUGUUAAAAGAUGGUUAUGAAUGUCUGUCAUUAUUCCAUAAACCUUGAAAGAGAAGACAAGAUGGUGAUUGAAAAACUAUCCAUAUCAGCUGUAUAUUGCAGCUGCACUAAAAACAUAACACUUAUGUAAAUUCACUGAACCUGUGUCCACCAAAUCAAUGUUUUUAUCAUACAUCUUCAUUAUAUGAUGCUAAUGAAUAGGUACUCUAGUGUUCAUGGUUCAAUGAAUUAAUACUAAGCAAGACAAUGAUUUAUUAUAGAGGUGGUUCUUGGGUUGAUGCAAAAAUUUGAUUCUCUUGCAUUUAAUAUUUUUUUUAUUAAAUACUCGGUACAAAACUGAAGAAAAUAAUGUUAAGAUUUUUUAUUACAAUUGUGUAAUAAUUGUUUUGUAAUCUAGAUCUGAUAACUUUAUUUUCUCAAUUUCCUUUUUACAUUUUUUAGCAUAAUACUGUUGACUUUUGAAAGUUUACUUCGAUUAUUUCAUGAUUGGUUUAUCCAAUAUUAAUUUAUAUGUGUAUUUCCCCCUGUUUUGUUUUAUUUAUUUAUAAAAUUUUAUAUUUUGCUUCAUUUUUCUGCUUGAUGAAUAGGCAUUAUAGAAUCUCAUUGUUUAACAUGAAUCUCGGUCCAAUUCAGGGAUGAAAUAUAUAGCCUUUCAAGAAUUUGACUUGUUGAGAAGAACAAGAUAAAACAUAUUUGAGAUGUAUUUACAAUAUUUGUUUCAUGAGAUUGGGUCGAACCAGAGAUUUUAUCUUGUUUAUACUGGUACCUAUGUUAUUUUUUUUUCUAAAUACAAUAUUUUUUUUGGUCUUUUUUUUUAUCAUUGAUGUAACUAUAAAUCUUGAAAAUCCAAUUUUGAACAGAAAACUUCUUUGUUUGCCGUAUAUAUUUGUAUAUUUACUAUUUAGUUGCUGGGUAAAUCUUACAAUAAUGUAGAUAUUUAAUAAUUAUUAUUAUCAUAUUUGUGUUGGUUUUUUUCUUAGCUUUUUUGAAUUUCAGAUUGAUAGAUUGAUGUGUAUGUUUGCAUAAUAACUAAGCAUUGACUACUAGUAUUUUAUAUGGUUUGGUGCAAUUUUAAAAACAAAACUUGAAAUCCACCAUUUUAUUUUGAGUACAUAUUUUAACUGUUUAUAACAUGCCAGUAUUGGAUACCAUGAAAUCCUUGUUUUCACUGUGUUUUCAUUCAUUUCCAUUUACUUCAUGUUGAUCGAGUCUUGCAUUUCAUUGGCUUGAUUGAGAAUCAGAUUACAAAAGAAAUGUUUGCUUCUAGCUACAAUAUUUACACUUUUCUGUUUGGCAGAACAUUCAACCAAGAAAUUAUGAAUGCAUGCAUUACCUGCAAUGAAAAGAGUUUAAGGGGGAAACCACAAUAAGCGUAGAUAAUUUACUUCCUAGUACAAAAGACAGGAUAUAAUAAAUAAUUGUACCAAAAAUGUCUAAACAAAGUUAACUAACAAUGGGUCGGAUCUGUUGCAUCUGUUCUAUACUUCCUUUUCAGGUAUUCCUUUUGGUUAUUUUUCUGUUGGAUCUAUAGAAACGAUUGCAUGUUCUCUCUCAGAUUGCAAAAAGACCCUUUUGUACUUUUUUAAGAAGCUCAUUGUAAAAAUAAAACAGUUCAAGUUAAAAUCAGAGCAACAAUUUUUUUUUUUGGGGGGGGGGGGGGGGUCAAUUUUUUAAAAAAUACUCCAGAGCACUUGUACACACAUUUCAUCAACUCUUUUACUAGUAAAUUCAUUUAAACCAUUUGACAUGUCUCACCGAACUUGCUGCCUUGGUUGGAGCUGAAUCAGCUACCAUACAUGUAUAAAAUCACCGACAUUUCUUCAGGUACUGUUUCAAGUCUAGUCCAGGUAUUUUCCAUAUAGUUUCUGACAUGUACACUCCAUUUGUGGGUAGAUAUUACAGUGUCUUUCAUUUCUUUUCCCUUCCAUCAUUUUUCCUAAUGUCUGAUUAAAGAGACUGAAUUUUCAGAUCAAAUUUGACGCUCAUCCAAAAUUGAUUCUAUUCAGUUAUUGUGAAUAGAUGUUUUUAUUUCAUCAAUCUAUUAAAAUACUCAUGGUUACCUGUGCAAACUAUGAAAACAAUUGUUUUAGAUCACUUCUUUUUAUCAAAAAUUCAAUUUUGAAUAUUGAUUCUUUGCAAGGCAUUGAUGCCAUAAUGAUCAUUGAUAUGAUAAACUUUACAAUACAAGUCAGGUGAGCCUUAUGGUCAUACAGCCUCUGGAUGCUUCACUACUCUUCACUAUGUAAAGGGCUUAUAAUGUGGAGUCUUAAUAUAAAUCUUGGUUCCUGAGACUUCUGGUACCAUAGAGCCUCAUUUGUCCUUGUCAUGAAAAAAGUUUACAAAUAAAAGUCAGGUGAGCCGUACAAUCCAAAAGCCUACUUUUAGACCCUCAGUCUUAUUUACCGUACUCGAAUAUGUUAUGGUGUAUUUAUAUGUUGCACUCUUUUCAUUCUAUGUUCACAUUAUGUGUUCUCUCGCUGACAGAGAACGAGUAGCAUUAAUAAAUGUAUAUUGCAAUAUGUGUACUAUGUGUGGACGUUAUUUUGUGUAUCCUUUAGUGAAAAUGUGUACAAAUUGCUGAAAAAAAAUCAGUGUUUGUUACUUUCAUAGACCAAAAGAGCUUUAGUAGGUUUAAAAGAUGCUUUAUUUAUGGCAUAAAUGGUUUACUGCAAUGUUUAACAAGACCAUCUUGAUGUACAUGAAUGGCCAAACAGUCCAGUAAAUAUUGUAACAGACCAGGGUACACUCCUUUUUUACAUGUUUAAAAUGGAAAACUUGAAAGUUGAUCAAAGAGUUUUCCAUGUACCACCUAAAAUUUCAAUGCACUGUUGGUAGAUUUUAAUGUACACUAUUUAUUCAUGUACACUUUGUAAUGCUCAUUUUAUUGACUGUAGAGACUGAGAAUAAUAGAAUCUGUCUUUUUAAAUAAAAAAGCCUUUUAUACAAACAUUUAGACAAACGUGGCAAAGGAUUUAAGAAUUUAGUCAGGGUAGUUAGAAUUCAUGUACAUGUGUAUGUGUGUAUGGUAGUGGUGUACAAGAUGGCCGAUUUUUUUUUUAAAAAAGUAUUAGAUUUUGUUUUAGAAGAAUCAUAUCAUGGAUAAAACAAAUUCAUACAAACAGAAGUCUGUUAUUUGCUAGGUUAGACAUUUUUGACCUAUCUAUGAUAUGUAACACCAUCAUGAAGAUUGUUGCCGAGGAUGAGAAAGAGUAUACUUGGACCGAGGAGGGUGUUUUCUGUUAAAUCUCCUUAUCUAGUAGUGUUAUGGUAGAUCCAUAUGUUAUGUUUACUUUAUACAUGUUAUAGAACUCUUUUUAAUUCCCUAAUAAUAGUGUGUAGAGUAUAUUAACCCAAUUAUUGCACCAUUUGUUAUAUCCAGUUAAAAUAAUUUGAUGUAUAUGCUGUUUAUCUCUCCCCCAGUGCACCACCAACGGUUUUGGUGUGCAGCCUUUGAGCUCUGCUCUUUUAGAGGUGUUGUUACAAUACAUUGAACUAAAGAAGAGCUGUUUUUAUUCACUAAAUAGUUUUAGAAAAGCUUGUCUUUUCACAGUUGCACUGGCAAAUUCCAUGUUUCCUUGUUGUUCCGGAGAAAAGUGUGGAUUUGGGGUUGUAUGCCACAUUUUAUAAGGCAAAAUCUGUGAUCGUUUGAUUCCAAUUUAGUGUUUUUGUACAUAACUUUGUUGAAAUACAUGAGGAAUGCAUAUCCAACUGA